AUGGCUACCUCCCCGACCAAGGCCAGCACGUACCAGUCGUACUAUGGCAAGGUUCUGGCCAAACGGUUGCGUUAUGUCCACAAUAUCAACAUUCUCAUUUCGCUUCUCAUCUCAGUUUCAUUAGCCAUUCCUUACGGACAUUUUUGGUGGAACUUGUUGCUCAGUUUGUUGUUUCGUGGACCUGUAAUUUUCCUAUCACUUUUGUUGAUCAAACUGUCCAGAAUGAAGUUCUCCACAGUCGAAUACUCCAGUUACAAGACGUUGGGUUCUCAAAUCUAUAACAGCCUCUUUUCAGUGCAGUUUUUAAAAGUUUCGAUUUUCUACGUCUUAUCGUCGUACUUCAUUCAUUUCGUCUACAUCUUCCAGCUUUCAUUCAAGUACGACUAUUACUUGUUGUCGAAAGAGUAUCGCGUCAAUCCACUCAUCAACGACGAAUGGAUCUUCUAUUGGUUCUACCCAUUGUUCUUAGCCUUGUUCUACAGUGCGCACCAUUCAGUUUUCCAAAGAAACAGGUUGGACUUCCGCUAUGGGACAUCCAAACUCAAGCCAGAGGAUUCACUCUUAGCCCGUUGGCCCUCUUUGUUCGGUAAUGCCGUGGCCUUGAAUGUCUUUGUGGCCAUCCUAGCUCCUGUGGCCUACUUAGUGGUCAAACCAAUCAUCUACAAGUCCAACAUUCUCCUUAUUCUUAUCCUCGGCUUGGAUACUUCCAUUCCUCCAUUCAAUGUAUCGUUCUCUACCCUCUUGAGCUUGUCGUUUCUCUCCUUUCACAUUCUUUUAGCUUGGGAGUUCGUUAACUAUGCCUUCAACGUCUAUGCUACUAUUGGGUGCUUGGAUGGAAAAAAACUUAUCAGUACUUAUAGUGCUGAUCCAAUCAACACCUUGCUUUCGGGCUUGCGUAAUGUAGAUCCAGAUCACCAGUUGAGCAGAUUAACCGCAUUCCAGGAAUUGGCAUAUAUAGCUACAACCAACGACCCGGAGGGUGUCAAGUUGAGAACAGCUAUCUACAAUGCUCGUUCGAGAAGAGGCUUUAUAUGGCCAGCCAUUUUGGACGAGUGUUCGUUGAUAAUUAAGGAAACCACAGCAAGAGUCAACUACCGUACUACUUCGGAUAUGAAGGUUCUCAAACAGAACCAGUUGUCCAUCAAAGAAGAAUUGGGAAGUUUUUACAGUUCCAGAAAUGUUGAAGAAAGCGACCUCUUUGGUAACUCCGUUCUCGGAACUCCUACCAGCACUCCUCUGGUUCCAAGCAAACUAAAAAGCUAUUCGGAACUUGAGCCAAAGAAGCCAGUAACUGCUUCUAUUUGGGAUAGCAAGUAUGCAAAAUUGGCCAAUACCCAAAUCGUUACACCCAUAAAGUCCUUUUUAAUAUCUGUUUUAGACAACACCAAUCCAAUCAUUGCAAAGUUGAGGCUGUUGUCUGAAUCCAUUUCGAAACAGUACACAAUCUACAACGAAAGAUUCCUUUCUACUAAUGUCGGGAUCUUCUUUAGAACCACGUUGAAGAGGGACACCGAGUCCCGUGUUAUCAAUGCCGUCAACUUUGGAAAUGCAGUAAUAGCCAUUUCCAACUUAUUGAUGCAUUCCAUCGAAGAAGACAAAAAUGGCACAAUCGGAAAUAGCCACAUCUGUGACGUGUUGAACUUGUUGGAAAAACCAAUCAGAGCUACCAGCAACUAUACCGAUUUCUUGCCGGCAUCGGUGUACUUGUCAGCAGUACAAAAGAGGGACAAGAGAUUGACCAAGAGUCACUUGAUAGCUGUCUUACACGACUUGGCUAUGAGUGAAUUUUACCAGAUUUGCAUAAAGUUCAACUACAAGUUGAACGACUUGGUUUUAAACGCCAGGGCCUACAAGUUGGCCAAGUGGGUCAUCGACGUCGCUAUAGCUGACCAACAACUGCAUACCAACAGAGUUCCAUUGUCUCUUUGA